AUGGCCGCCAGCACUAGCAGCGACCUUUACUCGCCUUUCCAGCAACAGAAUAUGCCAAACGAAGACAAUCCCCCGUCAAGCGAAGACGGCUCUGGUGUACACUCACCAGUCCUGUUCUCCACUUCAUACACCGGAGACAGUAAUUCAUUCCGCUAUCAGCACGAUUCCACCCCGAAUCUCCACCUUCCAUACAAUCCGACUACCUAUCCGCCCACCAAUCAACAGAGCCCGCUCCUCGACAGUCCAAGCGCCCAUAGACACCCCACAACUGCGUUUAACAACAACUUUACCAGAGUCGAUUUGCACGCACCGCGCUUCCCUGGGUCCCCUGUCGACUUUCGACAUACGGCACCAGCAUCAUAUCCACGACAAUCACCCAUCGAGGCAGAUCAUAAACACGUUACGCCACUCGUCCUCCCCGCAGUGGAACGUACUGUACCUUCAUCAGCCAGUCCCGUGGCCAGUACAUCCAAAUGCAGCCCAGUGGCCGCCACCACCACAUCCAACACCACCAGCACCGAUCAUCGUAAAGAGAUCUCAACAGCGGUCAUCGCUUGCCGUCAAUGCCGCAGCCGUAAAAUCAGAUGCGACUCAACGCGUCCCGUGUGCAACAACUGUGUCCGCAGAUCAAACGAGUGCGAGUAUGACGCAGUGCCAAAACGUAGAGGCCCCGAUAAACGCCCCGGAACCCGUCAGCGCUCAUGUAAGAAGCGCCCUUCAGACGGGAGUGUGCCCCCUCCACCAAAGAGGAAAAGAGUGACAUCGGGAGGGAGUGUAGCCACUCCCCCUCCGCAGUUAUCACAGGCCGACCUUGCGCCUACGAGGGUGAAGGAGAAUUUUGGCGAUGCGAACUCGAAAAGGGUUUUUGCGGGGCUCCCGUUGUCAAGAUAUCAUCUGGAACAUCACCAUCAUAAUCACCAUGUGCAGUCGUCUGAUUUACGAGACCGCGGUGCACAUUUUAAGCAUGAGGUACCUUUAUCUCCAGCCUACCGUCGUCCCACACACCACCAGCAUCCAUCCUCGUCCGCCUCUCCCCCGUACAUGUAUGACCAAAGCCAUCAUCAUCCGUACAUCAAACCUCCCUCUUCGUUUCCCCGCCAACUUGAUGUGAACACCUUUCAGUCCCCAGCGGUGGAUCAGGAACAUGGACAUCGUUUGACCCCGCCUAAUCAGGGAUAUCACAAGGGUGAGAGUGAGCAGAGGGUGUGGUGGGAACAUAUACUGAAAACGCACACGAUCGAAAACACAUCCCCGCACCUCUCAUUCAUCCCCUCCGCCUACCUCUUCUCCCAGCUCCAAAACGAAGGUACACCUCAUCCGUCGUUAGUGCAGCCAGCGUUCAUAUUAGCUGCUUUGGCAACUGCGAAACUUAUCAAGUCGAGCUCGGUGGAGGAGGGUGCGGAGGGGAAGAGGGCGGCGUUGGUUUUGCGGGCGGAUGCAGGGAGGGCGUUGGAUGAUGCGUGGAGAGGGGGGUGGGUGGAUGUUGGGUUGGUUGAGGCUGCUGCUAUUUUAGCCCUCUUUGAAUCCUGUGCCCAUCCGGACCACACGCCCGACCGCUUCGCUCGCUCGCUGGUAACCCUUGACGAACUGAUUCGAUCAUUAUCACUAACGAGUAUAGAUGCCCACGAUCGGGACGUGGUGCGCUUCCCGCCAGGCCAGGUCCCUGUUGUUUUACUUGACGGGGGCGGCGAGGAGGGCGAGAGAAAAUGUUCUUGUGUUGGGUUCGCGAAUGAUUCUCAUACGCGAAUUGGCGGUGCCGCAGGUGGCGAUUCUCAUAACGUUGGUGAGGAUGCCCAUUCUGUCAGCGGUGGUGCUGGUGCUGGCGACUCGCCAACCAAUUCCACGUGCUCGCCCACGCUUCCUUGGGACCCCGCGUGGACCGCGAGAGAGAUUAGAAAUGAAGAGGUACGCAGGCUCUGCUGGGGAGCUCUGGUCCUCGUGGCGGGGUUCAGCGCGCAAUGCGCUGCGUUCAAUAAGGACAUGCCGAAUUUUUAUUUGAUGAAUCCUACAAAUUACGCCCUUCUGUUCCCAGGCGAAGUAUUUGACCGUGUGUCUAGACCCCCCACCUCCAACUCCAACUCCCUCUGCCCAAAAGAGAGCGUUUGGGCGUUGUACUGCCGUUCAUUGCUACUGUGGAGCUUCUGCACCCGAGACGAUACGAAGAACUUCCGCACACGGGACGACUGCUCCCGCGAUGCUGCGGGGAGCUUCUGCACCCGAGAUGAUGUCUUAGUUGAUGAGGAGCAAAAGGCGGAGGAUAUUCAGGAGACGUGGGUUGAGGCACAGGCAAUUGAGGAUGCGCUAGAUGGGCAUGGGUGUGGGUUGGAGGUAGGGGUUGUGUAUAUGUGUCGAGAGAUUAUUUCAAACAUGCAUGGUCUGGAUAGCGGCCCCAAGAACACCCCAGGCCCCCUCUUUAAGCGGAAGCAGGCGGAGGAAUGGUUGUUUUAUCAAGACCAAGUCAUACGGCGUGUUACGGCUACGAUCCACCAGCUGAAUACUCCUGAGGGAUAUCAGCUGACUCGACGUCCAUUUCGCGUUACGUGGUUCUUGAACCAGCUUGCUAUAUGUCUUAUGUUAUGGAGAAAUGAUCGAUCGCUUGACGACGCGCUCAAGCUCGCGAAAUCCAUCUUGCAAAUUGUAGAUGUGAUGAAUGCGUUGUGGGAAUGUCCAGCCAAUCAGCAGCACAGCGACGCGCUCCGUCAACGGUUAACAGAAGCAUGUAGGAUCACUGCUCUUGAACCGCCGCUCCCAGCUAAUUAUUCAGUUCCUUCUUUCGUUCGUCCUUCGGGUUCGGGUUGA